AGAGCCGUGUAUCGAACCAUGUAAUAACCGGGAAAAUAUUUUGGCACCCGGCUAGUCGAAGCGUGGCUCCCGCGGCUCGAAAACGUGGCUUAACGCUCUGAGCCGUCCGCGUGUUUCGCAGAGAUAGCCGUUCUGCCGAUACUCCGACUUAUUCUAUCUACCCCGCGCCUGCAGACGACACUUUCGGUAUCAGCGGUGUUCUCUCCGUCAAUUAGAACUACCUUAUCCGUUCUGAAAAGGGCUACAAAAUCUCAUUUGGUUGGCGCGAGGAGAUGACAGCGAGGCGAGGCCGGUGGGUGUUCGCUAGUGGCUUGUCCGCGGGGCACAGCCGGUGUUCUACCGACCAGACGGUCAGGGUGGGCCGGUGAAACCAUGCCGCUUUCUCAGCUCCGAGGUUUGGGACAUUUCUGAGGGAGGCAGUGGUACCGGAGGGCGCGGAGAAAAGGUUUCCCGAGCGAGCGCCGUACGUCGGGAGGGCGAUGAACAAACAAGAGGAUAAUAUGGCACGGAUGACGAGGGUCUUGGGACUCGGCCUUCUCUGUGCCGCGAUAGGAACAAUUCCAGGUGCUCUAGCGGCUACAGGGCUGACAUCACCAAGUACGGUGACGGCGACAGUAGGAGGGACAGUAACUCUGGAGGCUUCAUACACCAGUACAGCGCAACUGUUUGCUCUGACAUGGAUGAAGAUUGACGCAGAUGGAAGUGACGAGAGGAAAACAACGGUUUAUCUGUGGAACCCGCUGACGGGAGAAGGCAAUGCGAUGGGCCCUCUGUCGGGCAGGGCGAAGAAGGUUGAUCAGGCUUCACUACUCAUCACUGAUGUGGAGGAGACGGACGGGGGGAAGUAUUCCAUCACGGUUAUCGUGGAAAACGAGGGGCAAGAAGAGAGAACUAUCAACCUUAAAGUACAAGUUCCACCCACUGUAGCGGUAGGACCCCAGGAUCCCUACCAGGCCAUCUACAAAACAGACGUGUCUCUCAACUGCAUUGUCGCCAAUGCCAAACCGGAAAUUACGUCACUCUAUUGGCUGAAGAACCGGAAGCCCGUGGACACCACGGCGAGCGGCCCGAGUGCCAAAUACAAGGACGGCAACACGGUGUUUCCUUCACUCGUCAUCAGGAACAUCAGCAAGGAGGAUGCCGGGACGUACACAUGCGUGGCUGAUCACGUGACAGGGCCGGUAGAAGACAGCAUGGUCAUGAAAGUUUCUUAUCCAGCUCAAAUAGUGAACGUGACGUACCCCGAGCGAGUGUACGUCGGUGACAAGGGGGUCAGGUUGUUCUGUGCUGCUGACGGAAACCCACAUGCGGAAGUGACGUGGUCUAAAGAGGGGGCACUUCCGCUAAUAGGCAUGAAGGCCCUCCCUGGCAACAACACGCUGGUCAUCCCGGUGGUGAGGCGGAAUGACAGUGGAGAGUACAUCUGUACUGCGCGGAACGGAGUCGGCAGGACAGACUCAAAAAGGAUACGCCUCAAACUGUUAGAAGGCGGCGGCGGCCUGUCCACAGCCCUGCUAGCCGGCGGUGUGUCCGCGGCGCUGCUGGUGGUGGCGUGCGGCGCGGUGGUGGCCGUGUGGCUGCGCAGGAAGAGAAGGAAGGACAGGGAGCGGGAGAACAUGUCCAUGUACUACAAGGCCGCCAAGGAGGAGUUCGAGUAUCUCGCCAAGAAACGGCUGGGAAGGAAACCACCCGAGAUCAUGAAGAAGCCAGGAAAGGAAGAGAUGGCUGAUGUGAAGGAGAGGAGUGACAAAGGUCGGAAAAAGAUGGUGCGCGCCAUCUACAGCUACACUCCUCAGGAUGAGGAUGAACUCACCCUGAAGGUCGGUGACGUCAUAGAGGUCAUCCGAGGUGAAAAUGGCGGCUGGUGGUUCGGCUAUCUCAACGGGCAGCUGGGCCUGUUCCCGUCCAACUACGUCGAGGUCAUUGACCCUGAAGAUCUCGUCGGAGAAAAUCGCUUCAACGACGACAAGCAGCGAGAGCAGCGGGACAUGUCUCGCAAGAUCGCGGCCGAGUUCAAGUCUCGCGCAGCCGCCGACAAGAACUUCCCUCUUCAAGUCGAGAUCCACGACGAGGGAGGAACGAUAACCAAGAAAUACGACAAGAUAGGCAUGGCGGCGACGCUAAAGCUGGAGGAGAAGAAGCACACGUUGGCUAAACAAGUCGCAAAACACAGCGUAUAGAGUAUUAGUAGUGCAGUAGUUUACUCAUCCGCCAUCUUGGCCGCAAAAAACUGUGGGAGAACGAACUAGCCACAUUGGCUUUUGACUGCCACAGUGAAACACUUCAAGUGCAAGUAAUUAU